AAGCUAACCACGAUGCGGCAGCACAGGGGGAUGAAGACGAAGCGGAGGAAGUUCCGGGAGAAGAUGACGACAUGGACACGCAAGGAUAUACAUCCGGCUAUGCGUCAGAAGAAGAAGACAGCGGUUGGCAUUACCGCGACACCGAUCUGGCGUCACGGGACAUUAUAAGUUCCCAACGGAUGGCGAUCUGCCUUGACGAGCCGCGUGAGGCUCAGUACAUGGCAGGAUUUAUCGCACUCCAGCUGUCCAAGAUGUGGGGGAUGUUUGAAGGUGGUGAGGAGAGAACGAUGAAUGCCGGACUCGAAGGGAAUCCGGGCUGCCCUUAUCACAAUGAUUUCAAGAGGUACCCCAACAUCACUGAGCAUGAUCAGGAAGGUAUACUUUUGCCAUCAACAAUAACGAAGAUUUCUCAAUCGGAGAAUGUUCGGACAAGAGCCUUCCGAUCGGUUGAGGAGCGUGACGAAUAUAUUCGUAUACUCGAAGACCCCGGAGACGAAGCCAGCGUGUGGUCCACGCUGGAGACUUGGUCGGAGGGGCGGCCGGCGCAGCAGGGUAGUCCACCGCGUCAGGAAAUGGCGCAGCUUGAGGUCGUUCAGAAUCAGCCGGUUGCCGUCGGCGACGCCCAGGCUGUUCGUGGUCUCGCUGUAGGUGGCGAAGUUGGAGUGUCCAGGCGGCCAGCCGGGCGCCCAUGGGCGCCCUCGGGCAGCAGCGACGGUCGACCUCGAAGUCGCUGUCUAGAUGGUCGUCAUCCUUUUCUUUAGGAAGCCACCCGUCCAGCGAACGACAGGCGACUGGACGGCUGCGACGGAAGUGCAGCAGGAGAUUCUCACACUGGCGAACAGCUUCUGGCCCAGGAAGCUGAGCGCCGCUCCCAUCGGCGUCUUUUUCAAGCGCGAAACGCUCUUCGAAGCGCUUGUAGAACAUUUCGUUCCUCGGCUUCAGGUAGUACACGAACAGGAAGCUGUAAGGUUCUUGGGUCGCCUGCUACAGCCGGUACAGCUGCUCCUCUUCGACGACUGCGUCCAGCUCGUGCUGGUUGCGCAGCCUCCAGCAGCAGAUGAAUUGCUGGUUGACUCGCACGGCUGCGCUGAUGAGCCUCAGCUUCUGCGAGCUCACCCAGGUGCUGAUCUGCGUGUGCCGGCCUCAGAUGAAGAGCGUGUCAAGGGCGCCGUUGGGUUUGUGCAGUUCUUCAUCUCCAACUUCUUGCGCCGCAGCGCCGGCUCGUCCCAGUCCUCCCAGUAGGCUUGUUCCCGCUCUGUGUUCACCCCCGGGCGAUGUAGAUUCUCUCGAAGACUGAUCAGAGCCACGGUCUUGCUUGGAAGGCCCGAGGAAGAUGCCGGCACGGCACCAGGGGCACCACGGGGUCCGAGGAUUGCUUGCUGGUGUAUUCAGGUGUAGGAAAAAGCUUGAUCUUCCCCAUUCGUUCCUUUGCUUUACUUGCCAAAUUUGAAGCCGGGAAGCCGGGCGGCGAGUCCGGAAGAGAUGCCGCCAGUGCCGCAUCGCAGCCGGAGUUUUCCGGGCAGCGUGUCACCCUGAAACUAAAGGCCGGCGUGCGUCUGAAGUACUUUGGUAGCAAGGCGUGGCUUGCGGAGCACCUGGACCGGCUGCUGGGCGACAUCUCGGUGCUACACUCGCCCUUCUUCGGUUCCGGAAAGUUAGAGUAGUACCUUGCCGCCCGGCGCCCGCGUGGCGUCGACGCGUCGCAAACCUGCGCCGCUGCCACUUGAGGAGAGACCCGGUCGGCGCGCCUGGUGGGGCGCGACGUGGGCAGGCGCUUCUACUUCAGGCAUGUCCAGCCGGGCGCGCUGAGAGGCCCUGCCAGGCGCCGGGCUGCCUGCUCAUACGCCCUGCUGCGCAACAGCUUCU